GAUUGUUUGGGUGGAGCAGGGUUUUGGUUUGGGUCUGGCUGGUUCGGCACUUUCGCUAUCCGUUCAUCACAUGUCAAAGCUGAAGGAAUCCAACACCGUCUGAACUCUUAACACCCUUUGUUUUUUCACUGUGGUGAUCACAAUUUCUCACAAAGCGUAAACAGGUAGAUCAUAUUGACAGAGGAUUUUAGUAGCAAUGACUGCAUCUAGUUUGAGUGGUUGUACCUCAAGAUGUCCCCAGCUACCUUUUGCUCCCUUGGGAUCACGCCAUGUUCGGGUUAUGGCCUUUUCUGUGGCUGGAAAAUGGAAACAAGGGAUAGAGUUAGUCCAGGUGGAAAGAACAAGCUUUAUGUCUCCAAUACUAAAAAGCAAUGGACGACAAGUUCAGUUGAUCAAAAGUGCAAUGGAUGCUUCAUAUGGCGAUAUGGCUAAUGAUUCUUCUGCUGUUUUUCCAAGAAUUAAUGUGAGAGACCCAUAUAAACGACUUGGAAUAAGCAGGGAAGCUUCUGAAGAUGAAAUUCAAUCAGCAAGGAACUUCCUUAUUCAAAAAUAUGCUGGACACAAGGCAAGUGUAGAUGCAAUUGAGUCAGCACAUGACAAAAUAAUCAUGCAAAAGUUCUAUGAGCGGAAGAACCCAAAAAUUGACAUUAAGAAAAAAGUGAGGGAAGUCAAUCAAUCCCGAUUUGUUCAGGCUGUCCGAGGCAGAUUUCAAACUCCAUCUACAAAAUUCAUUAUAAAAACGUCACUAGCAUUUUUGUUACUUGGAGUUUUAACUGUACUCUUUCCAACUGAGGAAGGGCCAACUCUCCAGGUAGCAUUAUCUCUGAUCGCUACAAUAUAUUUUAUAUAUGAUCGGCUGAAGAGCAAGAUACGAGCUUUUUUAUAUGGGGUUGGAGCAUUUGCUAUCUCGUGGCUGUUGGCAACCUUCUUGAUGGUGUCAGUAAUUCCUCCUAUUACCUUACUCAAGGGACCAAGGGCAUUUGAAGCGAUCUCAUCAUUGAUAACAUAUGUCUUAUUAUGGAUAUCAUCUACCUAUCUUAGGUGAAGAGGAUUUUAAAGCAGAAGACCAGAUUUUGGAGUGGAAGUUCACACAAUGUUAUUGCUUACCUUAUUUAGAUGUGGAAUAUAGCUUAGAGAAGGAAAAAAAAAUGACAUAGCUUAUUUUUUUUGAAUGAACAGAUGUUUGUCUUUCUUGAUUAAAUAUUUGAAUGAGCAAACGUACUGGAAUUUUUUAGAAGUGAAAAUGAAUGUGUUUUGUUCAUUAUGGA